AGCUACUCCACUCAGGCACUCAUCGAGCUACAUUUUGCUAACUAUCCAGUACCAAGAACGGAGCUGCAAGGAAGAGACGUACGAUGACCAUGACGUCGACGACGACGAAGGCCAUGGCGAUGGCGGCGGCGGUCCUCGCCGCCGCCGCCGUCGCGGCGACGAACGCGCAGACGUGCGGGAAGCAGAACGACGGCAUGAUCUGCCCGCACAACCUGUGCUGCAGCCAGUUCGGGUACUGCGGCCUCGGCCGCGACUACUGCGGCACGGGGUGCCAGAGCGGCGCCUGCUGCUCCAGCCAGCGCUGCGGCAGCCAGGGCGGCGGCGCCACCUGCUCCAACAACCAGUGCUGCAGCCAGUACGGCUACUGCGGCUUCGGCUCCGAGUACUGCGGCUCCGGGUGCCAGAACGGGCCGUGCCGCGCCGACAUCAAGUGCGGCCGCAACGCCAACGGCGAGCUCUGCCCCAACAACAUGUGCUGCAGCCAGUGGGGAUACUGCGGCCUCGGCAGCGAGUUCUGCGGCAACGGAUGCCAGAGCGGCGCGUGCUGCCCGGAGAAGCGGUGCGGCAAGCAGGCCGGCGGGGACAAGUGCCCCAACAACUUCUGCUGCAGUGCCGGCGGCUACUGCGGCCUCGGCGGCAACUACUGCGGCUCCGGCUGCCAGAGCGGCGGCUGCUACAAGGGUGGCGACGGCAUGGCGGCCAUCCUGGCUAACAACCAGAGCGUCUCUUUCGAAGGGAUCAUCGAGUCAGUGGCUGAGCUUGUGUAGAUCGAUGAGUCGAUCGUCGCCAUGAGCGUUUUCUGCUUUGUAUGCCUCUCGGCGUACAGGGCUUUUCAGCUUAGCUGCCUUUCAAUAAAAUCACUGAUCAUGGCGAUCGACAUGCAGAGCAGUGUUGUGUACGUAGUUGCUCAUCUGAAUAAAUAAAGGGGCUGAGCCUGAGCUGCUGCCUAGCUCGCACCAACAGAGUCCGGCCGGGAGGAGUUGUAGUUUCUGAAGGUGAGCUAGCUAGCUUUGGGAUCGAUGUAUGGAUCAGCAAUGUAACAAUGUGUUGUGGAAGCCCGUAGCUACUAACUAGCUCAUUGGUGCAUGAAAUAUAUGUCAUUAUCUGCUAUA